AUGUCCUACUACUCGGACAGCCAAUCACAAAACUCAGGUGUUCCUCCAUCUGCACAGCCGUAUCGAUCUUUAUUUGGUGGUUCUAGUCAGGCGACGCUUGAGCAGGAGCAGUCCAUACUCUCCAGAGAAGAUGAAGCCCUAGAUCAACUUGAUGGCGCUGCUGCGGCCGGCGAUGGCUUGAGCUAUGGAUAUGAAGACUCUGGAGACGAAUUAGAUUACAUACAAACCAGCGAUAGGGAGACGUCUAUUUCGCCAAGCAGGAGUUACACCGGCGCUCGCUCAUUAUCGAACACGAAUACGAAACCUAUCCCGAAGACGCGAGCAACCCCUGAGAGUCCUACCUCUCCCUCUCCAUAUCGCCCUAAUAGGUUUUAUGGCAAGCCAAAUCUGUGGCUGCAUUUGACAAAGACUGAUAGAGAGAUCGCCGAAGCAUUGGCUGAGACCGGUGCAAGGGACCUUGCAGCUCAUUUGUACAAUGCACAUGUUCUGCAAACGCGGGGAGUUGCGGCACUAGGGACCGCGAGCGCAGAUUCGUCGGAUGAAGACGGAGCUAAUAACAAUGAAUUGAGCCAUGCGGAUUUACUAGAUAUCCUUGAAGAAUGGACGGCAUGGCCGAUGCCAAGCGACGAAGUUCCCCGUGCGGAUGAGCGUCUUCGCCGGUUGGAAGAUGACAGAUGGACCUUCAGAAUGAAACCAGAUGCACGGCCAAGUGCAGAGCUUGAAGAGUGCAUCACGGCAUUUCUAUCGAGAAUAGCAAAGGAGAGGUUCCAGUCUAGGGAGUGGGCUUCUUCAGCUCCUUCGGACAGAAAAGCCGUUGCUCCGUCUGAUACAGAGGGGGCUAAGUCUGGCACAGAAGGAGAUAUUGGGACUCACCAAUGGAGCCUGGGUGACACCACAGACUGGGAAAGUGAACAAGAGGGCUUGCAGAACCCUCUUCGCCCAGUAGUCCAGAUAGAUGACGCUGAAUCGCGACGAAAACUACGCCCACUCGUCCGAAAUGUGAUUACCCAAUAUGAAAACCUACUGAUGGGACUUCACCGUUUCCAUGGAGCGUCACAGUCCGACGACGUUCAGUCCAACCGAAGCCGGUCAAGAGGCAGAAUGCGCGCACGGAGUUCUCCAUCUGUGUCUGAUAUGAGUAACGCUUCCUCUGAGGGCGUACAAAUAGACGACGACUCAGAAGCCGAACGCCACUCCGCCAUUGACAGCACUCAUAUGCGGACUCUAUCUUCCAGCAAGAAGCGAACGCAGAGAAUACCGGAGAGAAGCUAUUCUCGGGGUCGCAAGCGCACGCGAAGAACAUUCGUGUCAUCUCAGCGAGAUGACACCUUCAUUAAAAAUACACAUACUUCAAGACAUGGACCGCGCUCCAGUUCGGCAAACGCCCUUGGCCCGACAGUGCUAACGGACUGGAGGGACGUAGCAGGCGUUGCGUCUAUAAUAGGCUUGCCGUCAGCCGUGCUUCAGCGUGCUACUCAAAGGUUCUCUGCUUUAGUUGGCGAGGACAUGGAAAUCCCAUCGUUCUUCAGAAAUCCUACCCGAGAUUACAUGGACGACGCGUUUGAGUGGGCGUCUGAAAAAGUCGAGAUGAAACUUGAUGACCCUCCUCCACUCUCGGCGGCCGCAAGCUGUGCUACUUCUACAGGCAAGCGCUCUACUUCGCCGGCUGAUCCCAAGCCUACCGAGCGGGGAAGCAGUCAGAGGAUUCAAAGCUUGCAAAUCGCAAAGAAGGCCGACAGUAUAUAG